CCAGGCUUUCAGUUCGUGCCCGCUCUGUGGUACCUCCCCAAACCAAGGCUCAGCGACUCAGCAAGCGGAAGACUCCAGCAGCAUCGAGUACAGCAAUGACAGUACCGGUUACCACCGGGGUUCUUCCCGCAUGCCCGGUCCAAGGGGCCAGUGAGCCAUUGACGGCUUACUUUCAGCGAGUACAGGCAUUCACGGAUGCCGUAGAUACCGCAAAAGCACAGGAGGCAGCAGAGGCGGAAUGUCAGCGGCUGGCCAAUGAGGCGGCAGCCCAAGCUCAGCGGACUGCUGAGGCUGACGCCGUGGUACGAGAAAAGCGGAACGCCAUUAGCAUGGAAUCCGUGACUGUGAAUGAGAGCCAGUGGACGACACUGCUCCAAGGCAUGCUGUUUGUGCCUUCGGAUACACAGGCGGAUCCGACACCGGCGGAGGAAGAAAGGAGCRACCUGGCUAACCUKAUGUUGAACAUGAUGCGAGCGGUCAUGUGGAAYAAUACGAUGUUAAUGGUGCAAAUACACGAGGGCAGACAGCUGCGACAGAUCCAGCAGAAUGAUUCUGCAGCCUUAACAGYUGCUGUUYGCGCGGCYGCCACACAUCAGCAACAACAGCAACAGCUGUUGAGCACCACCACCGCACGCGUCAACAGCAUCGAGGCUAAGGCCUCAGCAGCGCCAGGCUGCACGACGGACACGGCGAAACAGCUCAACGAGCGCAUCGACCAUGUCGUCAGUUUAAUCGGCGAACUCAGUGAUUUCACCGGUCCGGCUACGAUCUGCAGCACGGUGGCCGCCAUCAAGACAGACAUCACCAAGCUGCAGUCGCAACCGGCAGCAGCUGCGAAGGUCCCAGCCGAAGACAUGAUGAAGGCCAUAUACCUCCAACUCAUUGGAGGGGCACAAGCAUGGAUGAACCACCUCGCAGUCAACAAGAAGACCACGAUCGCUGAGCUACACAAACACCUCACGUGGGAGGAGUUUGAACAAUUGUGGUUCACUCGAUUCAUGGUCCGCAACGUGGUGAAGGCGGCCAUGAACGAGGUCUACACAUGCUCACAAGGAAGCAUGCCAACUCGAGACUGGACAAUUAAGUGGCAAAAGAUGGUGACCAUGCCAGGCUUCGAUUUGAGCUUUACAAACCAACGAUCCGAGUUCUUCUCGCGAUCGUGCGCAGGACUGCGAACCGCACUUGGCAACAAGUACGAUUACGCCUCAUUCCACGCCAUCCUGGAUCGUGCGAACUUGGUCAUCCAAACGGAUGACAAGGCCGCAAACGAAUGGCAGUCCCAACCGCAUUAUGUGCCUAAGCAGGGCUAUCAACGACCGACACAUAACAAUGUCGUGAUUUUAGAAGAAACAGUCGAUCUCCACGCUGCAGCAGCAUCAUCGAGUGAUGGAGGAAUUGGAGCAGCGCUCCCGCCGAAGCGUCCCAAGAGAGUUCGGAAGAACAAGGCGACACAGGAGACGGCAUCGAUGGGAACUGGGCAGCAGCCAUGGACGACAUACAAGAUAACCAAGGAAAUCUAUGACCUUCGUCAACGAAUUCGCGACGCUAUAGCUCGGAAUGACGUCGAGGAGAUGGGCCUUGUAUUCUUGCAUGCUCUCCCCUCGCCGGACGGACCAGCCGCGUCACCGCCGGACCCACGCAUCACUCACCUCUUGGACGAGUAUGAAGACGUCUUCGAGGCUCCCACCGAAACAGUUCCGGAUCGGCCCAUACGUCACGGGAUCACUCUCGAGGCUGGUGUCGUCCCUCCGAGUGGAUGUAUCUACCGCAUGAGCGAAGAGGAACUCGAGGUGCUUCGUGCACAACUCGACGACCUUCUCGACAAGGGUUGGAUUCGCCCUAGUUGCUCGCCAUACGGUGCCCCUGUUCUCUUCGUCCGAAAGAAGAACAAAGAUCUACGGUUAUGCAUCGAUUAUCACAAACUUAACGCACAAACUGUAAAGAACGCCGGCCCUCUCCCUCGGAUUGAUGAUCUUCUUGAGCGGUUAGGCGGCGCGACGUACUUCUCGAAGUUGGACUUGAAGUCAGGCUACCACCAGAUUGAAAUCCAGCCUCAAGAUCGGUACAAGACCGCGUUCAAGACACGGUAUGGGCAUUUUGAGUGGGUUGUCAUGCCUUUUGGCCUCACCAAUGCCCCCGUGACUUUUCAAGCAGCUAUGACGACUGAGUUUCGCGACUUGCUCGAUCGCAGCGUCCUCAUCUACCUCGAUGACAUCUUGGUUUAUAGCAGGACGUUGGACGAGCACAUCACACACCUUCGCGCUGUUUUGAAUCGUUUGCGACUGGCCAAGUACAAAGCAAACCGCGACAAGUGCGAGUUCGCCAAGCAGGAGCUUGAGUAUUUGGGCCACUAUGUUACGCCGAAAGGCAUUCGUCCCUUAGCGGACAAGAUCCAAGCCAUCGUGGAUUGGCCGGAACCCCGUUGCACGACGGAUGUGCGUUCUUUCAUGGGUUUAGCUGGAUAUUAUCAGCGAUUCGUCGAGUCAUACUCGAAAGUGGCCGCUCCUUUGUCGAGACUUCAGUCCCCGAAGGUGCCCUUCGAGUUCAACGACGCAGCCCGUGGCGCGUUCACUACGUUGAAGGCAGCGAUGCAAGCCGCACCUGCCCUCCGUAUAUACGACCCCACCCUACCCACCCAAGUGACUACAGACGCUUCGGGAUACGGUAUUGGUGCGGUGUUGGAACAGUGUCACGAGGACGGUUGGCAUCCGGUCGAGUAUUUCUCCCAAAAGGUGCCUCUUGUCAACACUCUCGACGACGCUAGGAAGAAAGAGCUACUCGCGUUCGUCACCGUUCUUAAACGGUGGCGCCACUUUCUUCUCGGCCGUCGACGUUUUAAAUGGAACACGGACAACAAUCUGCUGACCUUUUACAAAACGCAGGAUACGGUCACUAGCACGAUCGGUCGAUGGAUGUAUUACAUCGACCAGUUCGACUUUGACCCGCACCACAUUCCCGGUCCCGCCAAUCGAGCUGCCGACGCCCUCUCACGACGGCCCGAUUUUUAUGCCAUUGUGACCAUGGCAUUCGACCUCGAGGACGAUCUGCAGCCGCAUUUCGUCAAAGGCUGCAAGUCCGAUCCGUCUUACUCUACGCUUUACGCGGAGCUUUCAUCGGAUCACCCGCCGGCUAGCCACUAUCGAAUUUCCGACGGGUUCCUUCUCCUUCACACGAGAGGAAAGGACUUGUUAGUUGUGCCCCAAGAUCACAUCUUACAGGCUCGUCUUCUCGGUGAAUUCCACGACGCACGACUUUCGGCACACCUUGGCGCGAACCGCACAUUAGCACGCCUCCGCCAGCGUUUUCACUGGCCCGACGUCCUUCAUGACGUCACGAGGUACAUUGAGUCAUGUGCAGUUUGCCACCGUAACAAGGGUCAAUCUCGAGUCCCCUUCGGCGAACUGAAACCAUUGCCGAUUCCUCGGGCACCACGCCUCUCCAUUGCUAUGGAUGUGACUGGCCCGUUUCCCCGCGAUCGCCAUGGCCAUGACGGUAUUCUCACGGUUGUUGACUGUUUGAGCAAGUAUGCUCGCUUCCUUCCUUGCAAGUAUCAUGCUGCAGCGCCCGAGCUCGCACGACUCUUGCACACCGGUUGGAUUACCAACCAGGGUGUUCCGGAAGACAUAGUGAGCGACCGAGAUACUCGUUUCAUGUCGGCCUUUUGGACUUCCCUCAUGGCUGAGUCCGGUGCGACAAUGAAGCUGAGCUCGGCUCGGCACCCGCAGACGGAUGGUCAGACGGAGCGAGCGCACCAGACCGCUCAGAUGAUGUUGCGUACGCUCAUCCGUCCCGAACAGAAAGAUUGGGUUGACCGGCUUUCCGACAUCGAGUUCGCCUAUAACACUUCGGUGCAUCCGGCGAUCUGCAUCACACCAUUCGAGCUACAUCAUGGUGGAGAGAAAGCACAGAUCUUCGCUGAUCUCCUUUUGCCACAGGCUGCCGACAUAGACGUCCCUUGCUCUCCCGCAGAACCAGAUUACCGCACUACCGAUGGGUUACUAUUCGAGAAGACUAACGUAGCUGAUCGUCCAUGCAUCCCCAACAGCGAGGAAAUUCGUAGUUUGAUCCUAGGGGUAUGUCACGACACAGAGGGACACUUUGGUUGGCAGAAGACAUUAGCCAACCUUAUGCGUGCGUAUACGUGGCCUUGUAUGAAGGCUGACUGCAUAGAGUAUGUACGCAGUUGUAAGGUGUGCCACCGACAUAAGUCCACUGCGCGAGCCCCUCUUGGUCUUCUCAGACCCUUGCCUAUUCCCAAUGGGCCCGGAGAUUCUGUGUCCAUCGACUUUAUGGAUGCAGCGAUCAAGAGUAGGCAUGGAAAGGGCCAAGUCAUGGUUAUAGUGGAUAGAUUCAGCAAGUAUGCAGUUUUUGUUCCCUUGCCUUCAGAGGCACGUACAGAUUUACGAAUAUAAAAGUUUUUCGACCAUUGGGUCAAUGAUCAUGGGUUAUCGUUGUCUAUAGUUAGUGAUAGAGAUACCCGGUUCACUAGUCAGAACAGGCAGGAGUUGAUGAGAGUCUAUGGCUCUAGGUUGUUGAUAUCAUCUGGCCAUCAUCCUGAGACUAACUGUCAGACUGAACAGAUGAACAAAAUCCUGCAACAAGU